UUUUGCCUUUAAGUCUUGUGACAUGUCGUUCGUAUGCGUAGAUUUAGACUUUUGUCUAGAGGCGAGCCGGCGCAAAGCAUGGCCAUGGUCAACACACCACCACCACCACCUCCGCAGGCUGCAGUAGGACAGCGUCACUCUGCGGGGAGGGCCUUGGCUGGUCAUCCGUCCCCCUAGCGCGGUGACGAUCUGCAUCCGCGACCAGACGAAAAGCCAAUCUGCGCCCACUAGUAUUUAUUCGCAAUAUACAGUCUUAUCCAUUUCUACGGUCCAAUGGCAAAAUCGCCUACGCAUUUCCUUGCGCUGCCGCUGCACAGACAUGCGUCUCUUUCUGCUGCUCUCAGCUCAUUUCAAGCAGACGUCACAUCGCCCAUGUCGUUUGCUCUGCCAGAUGCUGCCGUGAGACCGCCAGGCACGCUCCAUCUAACGCUAGGCGUGAUGAACCUACCACAAAAGUCGAAUGUUGAUGCCGCCAUUACCCUGUUACAGCAAGUCAAAGCACACUCGAUACUCCAAGCGGCGCGCGAGCGAGCCGGCGAGCCAGCACAGGGAAGCUUGCGGAUACACCUCAAGGGCUUACAGGCAAUGGGCAGCGAGGAGAAAGCGACAGUGUUGUAUGUCCCGCCGGAAGAUGCGGAUCCUGCGUGUCAGGGACUGUUGUAUUCGUUUGCGAGUGAUCUGAAAACCAAGUUUGUCGAGGCGGGCAUCAUGGAGAGUGAAACGCGACCUAUGCUGCUGCAUGCGACGGUGCUGAAUACGAUAUAUGUCAAGGGGAGGAAGCGAGGGAAGGAUAGAUUGACUAUUGAUGCGCGGCAUAUAUUGGCGCGGUAUGAGGAUUUUGUGUGGGCGGAGAAUGUGGACAUUGAAGAGGUUGGGUUGUAUAAGAUGGGUGCGCAGCCUGUGGAGGGGACGGAUGAUGUAGAGUAUGUGGCGGAGGCAAAGGUAUUGCUUGUGCAGUAAGGAUACAUCUGUACACUUAAUAUUAUGCAUAUUGAAGCGUUGAAAAGCAUGGUUGAAAAGAGAGACUUGCCAAAAUUUACCUCGAAGAUGCAUUAGAGUAUAGCGGAAGCUGUGGACAGCAAGAUAUCAAGCGGUGCCAGUGGCGGACCAAAAAAGAAAGUCUUGUCUGCG